AUGGAUCGCCUGGGACCAUAUGGAAAUGAUCCGUUUGAUAAACCACCGUGUAAAGGCUGUUCAUCUUACCUCACUGAACCCUACAUCAAGUGUGCAGAGUGUGGCCCAUCUCCUUUUCUCCUCUGUCUCCAGUGUUUCACUCGAGGGUUUGAAAACAAGAAACACCAGAGUGAUCACAAAUAUGAAAUUAUGACCUCAGACUUCCCAGUGCUUGAGCCUGGGUGGACAGCUCAAGAAGAAAUGUCUCUUUUAGAAGCAGUAAUGGAUUGUGGAUUUGGAAACUGGCAGGAUGUAGCAUAUCAAAUGCGUACCAAGACCAAAGAAGAAUGUGAACAUCACUACAUGAAAAAUUUCAUCAAUAAUCCUCUGUUCUCCUCUACCUUACUUGGCCUCCAAAAAACAAAAGACUCACACUUUUCAGAUACAGCAAUUCCAUUUAAACCCUCCGAUGACCCACCUCGUCCCACCUUUGAUUCAGUGUUGUCUCGAGAUAUGGCUGGUUACAUGCCUGCAAGAGCUGAUUUCAUGGAGGAGUUUGACAACUAUGCUGAAUGGGAUUUGAAGGACAUAGAUUUUGUGGAUGAUGACUCUGAUGUCUUGCGUGCACUAAAGAUGUCUGUUGUUGAUAUCUAUCAUUCAAGAUUAAGAGAGAGGCAACGAAGGAAAAAGAUUAUCCGAGAUCAUGGUCUCAUCAACUUGCGUAAAUAUCAGAUAUUGGAACGUUGCUACCCAAAAGAAGUGCAGGAGAUGUAUGAUGUGAUGAAACGCUUUGCUCGAGUGGUGGGACCGACUGAACAUGAUAAAUUCAUUGAAAGUAAUGCUUUAGAGUUUGAGUUGAGGAAAGAGAUCCACCGGCUUCAGGAGUACAGGAGAGAAGGAAUCAAGUCUUUUUGUAGUGCAAAGGUGUACGACCGAAUGAAGCAUGUGCGUGAGGAGGAGCGCAGGAAGAGGAGCAUGCUCUCAGACGUGCUGCAGUAUAUCCAGGACAGCCGGGCUUGCCAGCAGUGGCUUAGCAAGCAAGCUGCAAUCGAUGCCGGCAUUACUCCACCUGUCACAAUGCUCACAGUCUCGGCAUCAGGAAGGCGAAGUGCCCCUCCCCUGAACCUCACAGGACUACCGGGAACAGAGAAGCUCAAUGAGCGAGAGAAAGAGCUGUGCCAGGUGGUGCGAUUGGUGCCAGGAGCCUACCUCGAAUACAAGCAAGCUCUUCUGAACGAGUGCAGACGGCAAGGAGGGCUUCGACUCGCCCAAGCCAGAGCGCUAAUCAAGAUCGAUGUCAACAAGACACGCAAGAUAUAUGACUUUCUCAUCAAGGAGGGCUACAUUACUAAAGCCUAA